CUCUCUCUCUCUCUCAAGGGUUGGUUGUGAGGGCUCGUCUUUCACAAGAGGCGUUGCUCUUCAGCCGUGACUGUUCUCUGCGAGCAAAAGAGAAAUUUCCGCUUCCUGCAACGAUAAACAACUAGCGCAAUUUGAGAAACAUUUCGCAGCGACUUUGACGGUGAACGGCGGGUCCGACUGUCGCGAUCAGCAGAACCGAGCCUCGGUCCUCGUGGACGGAUGAUUGUGCUGCAGUAGAGGAUCGGCGUUUUUUUAUUCGGGUUUUCCUUCAUUGUUUUCAAACAUAAGGUUCCUCCAGCAUGUCGGAGCGGGGAGGGCUCCCGAGGACUGGAGGCGUACCGUCUCCGCAGCCCUCCAAACCGGUGGCGAUCACCUCCAAUCGGCCGGUGCACAUGAACCUGUACGCCACCUGGGAAGUGGACCGAUCGUCGCCGAGCUGCGUGCCGAGGCUCUUCAAUCUGACUCUGAAGAAGCUGGUGAUGCUGAAGGAGCUGGAUAAAGAUCUGACGUCUGUGGUCAUCGCUGUCAAACUGCAGGGCUCAAAGCGAAUCCUCCGUUCCAAUGAGAUCCUCCUGCCAUCGAGCGGCCAAACGGAGACAGACCUGCAGCUCACGUUCUCCUUACAGUAUCCGCACUUCCUGAAACGAGACGCCAACAAGCUGCAGAUCAUGCUGCAGAGGAGGAAGAGGUACAAGAACAGGACCAUCCUGGGCUACAAGACGCUGGCGCUCGGCCUCAUCAACAUGGCUGAGGUGAUGCAGCACCCCACCGAAGGCGCUCAGGUCCUGGGUCUGCACAGUCAGCUGAAGGACGUGUCCGUCCCGGUGGCUGAGAUCCGGGUUUAUUCUCUGUCCAGUCAGCCCAUUGACCGCGAGGGACCCAAAGCCAAGAUGAACGAUCGUUCUCCAGACAUUGAUAACUACUCCGAGGAAGAGGAGGAGAGUUACUCAUCUGAGCAGGAGGGCAGCGACGACCCCGUUCAUCAUUAUCUAGAUGAUGAAGAGGAUGAGGUGAGGAAGAAGAAACCCAGACGCAAACUUACUUCCAACGCCUCCAUUACUAGACAACCGAACAUCAAGCAGAAGUUUGUGGCUCUGCUGAAGAGGUUUAAGGUGUCAGAUGAGGUGGGUUUCGGGCUGGAGCACGUGUCCCGUGAGCAGAUCCAGGAGGUGGAGGAGGAUCUGGAUGAGCUCUAUGACAGUCUGGAGAUGUACAACCCCAGCGACAGCGGGCCGGAGAUGGAGGAGACCGACAGCAUCCUCAGCACUCCCAAACCCAAGCUCAGGCCGUUCUUCGAGGGAAUGUCCCAGUCGAGCUCUCAGACAGAGAUCGGCAGCUUGAACAGUAAAGGCAGUUUGAGCAGAGACCCCUUCAGCCCCGGCGAGCAGCCGGCGUCAGAUAAACUCAAACACUCACGGAGCCGCAACCUGGAUGAGCCGCUGUCUGAGACCGACACGCUGGAACUGAAUGAUCAGGAGUUGUUCAGUGAUGUCGGACCCUCUAUAACCGUGUCUGUGGCUGAAAAACCACGAACACCCUUAAAAACCAGCAAGAAUGAGCUUCAGUCCAUGCCGUCACCCAGCAAGUUGGAUGGAGGACACACACCCCAUAAGCGCAGCACUCCUGUGAAAGACCGACAGCUCUCCAAACCGCUGAGCGAACGAGCCAACAGCUCUGACAGUGAGAGGUCGCCUGAGCUCGGACACAACACACAGGUCCUCAGGAAGGCCGUCUAUGAUCAGUUGAAUCAGAUUCUGUUUUCUGAUGCUGCUCUUCCUGAAAGUCUCAUCAUGAUCAAUGGCACAGACUGGCAAGGACAGUAUGUUGCGGAGCAGCUUCAGCUUCAGAAGCAUCCUGUGGUUUGCACAUGUUCUGGCGGAGAGAUUCAGGCCGUUCUCUCGGCUCUGCUCACUCGGAUACAGAAAUUCUGUAACUGUAACUCGUCGAUGCCGCGGCCGGUGAAGGUGGCGGUGGUCGGCGGUCAGAGUUAUCUGGGAUCAGUGCUGCAGUUCUUCGUCACUCAGCUGGCCAACAAGACGUCUGAUUGGCUCAAUCACCUCCGCUUCCUGGUCGUGCCUCUGGGUAAGAAAACACAACUCAUGACAGCAUCGCUGAGAGGAAUGACGACUAUGUGACAUACCGAUGGAUAUGAUUUCUUUCUGUUUUUUGAUGCGAAUAUUUUUGGAUGUUAAUUUCAGUGUUUCUGUUUUUUUUUUUUUGUAGAUGCGGUGGACGUGGCGGCGCGUGUGGCUCAGUACAUCAGCGGAGCGGCUCUCACACACCAGCUGCCCAUCGCUGAGGCCAUGCUGACCUGCAAACACAGAACGAGAGAUGAAGAUUCCUAUCAGAAAUUCAUUCCCUUCAUUGGGGUGGUGAAAGUGGGUUUGAUUGAGCCUGGCCAAUCAUCAGCAGGCGACUCUGAAGAGGGCGUGGCUGUGAGUUUAGCCGUCCCCUCCACGUCUCCGCCCUCUCACGGCUCACCCGGCGGGCUGAAGGAGAUGGCCACGCCCCCCUCGUCUCCGUCCAUGGGCGGCGGGUUGGCUGUGCAGGGGAGUCCCAGCAUGUCUCAUGGCGGGGACGCCAUCGGUCUGCAGGUGGAUUACUGGCUGGCGUCUCUGGCGGAGAAGCGUCGCGAGGGCGAGAGGAAAGACACCAGCUGUAAGAACACUCUGAAGAGUGCCUUCUGGUCGCUGCAGGUCAGCCGGCUGCCAGGAGGAGGAGCCAGCGAGCCGCAGGCGCCCGUCAACACUAUGGCCAUGACCGUGGUCACCAAAGAGAAGAACAAGAAAGUUCCCACUAUUUUCCUGGGGAAGAAGCCUAAAGAGCGGGAGAUGGACUCUAAGAGUCAGGUGAUCGAGGGCAUCAGCCGGCUCAUCUGCUCCGCCAAACAGCAGCAGACCAUCUUGAAAGUCACCAUCGACGGAUGCGAGUGGAACGACGUGAAGUUCUUCCAGCUAGCCGCUCAGUGGCCGACUCACGUCAAGUAUCUCCCGGUGGGACUGUUCGGCUACAGCAAACCACCCUCCUAGGAUGGCCCACUUUCUCAGCCCCGCCUCUUCAACCUGCAGCCUACACCCCAUUGCACACUGCCGCCGCCACUCUCAGAACGCUGGCCAAUCACAGUUGAGAUGGGAUUUUCAUGUGACCGUCUCUGGUGGGUGGGUAGGUGGAGGUGAAGACGUUCGAUUCGGCGGCUUCGAUAGACUUUUAUCAGCGCUAGUCACUUUUAUUUAUUAAAGGCCCCAGAGCCACAUAUGGGGGCCAAGCACAAAAUUUGGAUACACCACCUGUUGAUGACUAUUUAACAGCAUGGCACCGCUUAAAUCACACUCGACAACCCUGAAUAUAUCCCUUGAUAUAACUGAUCUCUUUCAUCAUUGGCGUCUAUAACCAGCAUAAUCGAUAAAUGCAGUUUAAGCCUUGCUAAAAUCUACCAUGGUAACUGUAUUUGGAGAUAAACUUAACAGUAAAAUCAGCUUUCGGAAUCUUUCUGUUGCUUAGCAACUAUGGAAUUUUGGCGGAAACUGUGGUUACCAUGGUAGUUUUUUGUAAACAUGAAAAAAGCACCAAUGAAUAUUCCGAAAAUUAGCAAAGUUCCUGCCUUUAUUAAGAGGGUGGAGUUAAACGCCAAUUUUACAUCGGAGGCGGGGCUACAAGGUGCCCAUUAGCCAACUAAUGAGAUUUCCUACAAAUCUUCAUUUGCAUAGUUUGUUUUAUCCUUCCAGUCGACGAAAUCUGAAAAUGCGUCGUUGACCUCUAACUUGCAUGUCUUAAAACUACAUCACCCAUAAUGCACUGGCAAAGUUAACAUUUAACGUUAGCUCAAUAGUGCACUGUGUACUUGUGCACGAAUCGUUUCACCUCUUGCGUUCCCCUAGACGUAUACGGAAGGUUAGUAGUUCACAUUGGUUAAUCUCUGUUAACUAGAAUAAACGAAUUCAGUUUAGUUUUAUAUUUAUUUUUACACACGCUUUUAUGUCAGUUAUCGUUUAUUUUUAAAAGUGACCUUUUAGCUUAAAUAUGCAGCUCAUCUACAGGUUUUACUUCUUUUCAUAAACCAUCUCCAAAGAUCUCUGGCCAAUCAGAAUGUAAACAUUACGGGACAGAAAGAGUCAGUCACCUUUAUAACAUGGGCAACGGCAAUGAUUUCAAGGCGAAGUCGAUUUAUAAGAGAACUGUGUCCUAUCAAGCAGCACAAGGCCUGACGUAAAGGCUGGAUGAGGUUGGAGGUGAAAAUGUCACCGAUUAAGCCAGCAGAAUUAGGGAAGACGUAGUUUUACAUAUAGUUUUUUGUGUGCAUCUUCACAGCUGGAAACUGGUUUGGGGAGAACUUCAAGGGUUUCAUCUUCAUCAGUUGUCAAAUGCUAUGCACUUAUUAAACUCGCCUUCAUUUCUUCAUAUCUUCAUCCAAAGCACAACAGCUCCUCAUACGGAAUGCCCAAUUAAAACAUGAUUCACAAA